CUCAGAACUUCAGAAGCCGACCUCAGCCCGUGUUUGGUGUGAUCACUAAUCCGGGGGUAGGGAGGGAGAGAGGCAGGCCCUAUACUUCUCUCGCUUAUAGAUGCGAGCACAGUUCCUUUCCUUUGAUUCUCUCCAGUCACAGUGAUCCUGCACCGCGCGUUCCACUUCACCUCCUGCUGCGUGAAGUCGCUCGUCCCGCAAGAGUUGAAGGAGCAGCCGAGACCGCCAAGCCACCGCCCUGACCAGCCGACUGUCCCACCUUCCCCCUCGGAUCCUCUGGACCCAGACCCCUCGCUCUCCCCUCGCUCUCCCCUCGCUCUCCCCUCGCUCUCUCCCCCCUGGCGCCCGGCGCGAUGGCGGCCAACAGCAGCGUGGUGCAGGGCUGCGGCCCCAGCGUGGACUCGCUCUACUCCAACCUGUGUGACCUGACGGCAGCGUGGGGCAUCGUGCUGGAGGCGCUGGCCGCGGCCGGCGUGGUGCUGUCCCUCGUGCUCUUCAUCUCGCUGCUGGCCGGCAUUCCCUUCAUGACGGACAAGAACCAGCGGAGCUCGCUGGGGCUGCACGCCUGCUUCCUGGUCUCCACGCUGGGCCUCUUCUGCCUGACCUUCGCCUUCAUCGUGGGGAAGGACUUCGCCACAUGCGCCUCGCGGCGUUUCCUCUUCGGCGUGCUGUUCGCCGGCUGCUUCUCCUGCCUGCUGAUGCAGUCGGUGCAGCUCAACGUCCUGGCCAGGCGGACCGAAGGGCCCCGGGGGUGGGCCCUGGUCCUGGGGGCCGCGGGGCUGUUCCUGGUGGAGGCCAUCAUCAACACCGAGUGGCUCAUCAUCACGGUGGUGCGCUACCCGCUGGCGCCGCUCAACGCCACGGCGGCGCUGGGCCGCGCCUCGGCCACGCCCUGCAACAUCGCCAACGAGGACUUGGUCAUGGCGCUGAUCUACGUGAUGGCGCUGAUCGCCGCGCUGGUCCUCGGCAGCCUGGCGGCCAUGGGGGGUCCGCACAAGCAGUGGAGGGGCCAGGCGGCCGGGCUGCUGCUGAUCAGCCUGCUCUCCGCGGGCAUCUGGGCGGCCUGGAUCGCCAUGUACGUCUACGGCAACGACCGGCACGGGAGCGGCCCGCAGUGGGACGACCCCACCCUGGCCAUCGCCCUGGUGGCCAGCGGCUGGGUGUUCCUGCUCCUCCACACCGUCCCGGAGGUGUGCUGCUGGGGGGCGGCGGAGGACAGCCAGGAGAGCUUCCCGGAGGACGCGUACCCCAGCCGGGCGGUGGGCUACGAGACUAUCCUGAAGGAGCAGAGCUCCCAGAACAUGUUCAUGGAGAACAAGGCCUUCUCCAUGGACGAGCCCGGCCAGGGGAACAAAGGUCUGAAGCCCGUGUCGCCCUACAGCGGGUACAGCGGGCAGCUGCGCAGCUCGGUGUACCAGCCUACGGAGCUGGCCCUCAUCAGCCAGGGCCAUCCCCAGACUGAGCUGUCCUACAACACCAUCAUCCCCCGGGCCUCCACCGGCUCCCCCGCCCAAAGCGGUGGCAGCACCCCCACCCUGCAGGGCGACAACGGACACGCCCACGGCAACAACGGGAACGGGCUGCAUAAGGCACCCCAGUGGUGAGCCCCGGAGACACGUCCCAGCAGCCCCCAGCCUCAGCCUCCAUCAGCCUCCAUCAGCCUCCAUCAGCCUCCAUCAGCCUCCAUCAGCCUCCAUCCUGGAGCUCGCUUCCCUCCACCCUGUUUACCCACCCACAUUAUUUUUUCUUGUUUGUUAUUUUAUAAAUAUUAGUUUUUCUUAACGCUGCGGCCAUCGGUGAAACCCUGAGCUGGUUCUGAAAGGGAGUAACACCACCUUCACACAACAUGCCCCCCCUCCACCUCAACCCCUCCACCCGCACAAGAGAACCUCACCGGAUCCACAUUGAUGAGGGGGGGGGGGGGGGGGGAGAUAAAGAAAAGCCCCGGCUCAAGCUUCUAUUGAAAGGCCCCCCAGCCGGUCGUACCGGGACUGUUGAACGGUCAGAUGAACGGACAGAUGAACGGACUGUUGAACGGACAGAUGAACGGACAGAUGAACGGACUGUUGAACGGACAGAUGAACGGACUGUUGAACGGACAGAUGAACGGUCAGAUGAACGGACAGAUGAACGGACAGAUGAACGGACAGAUGAACGGACAGAUGAGCGGUCAGAUGAACGGACUGUUGAACGGACAGAUGGACGGACAGAUGAACGGACAGAUGAACGGACAGAUGAACGGACAGAUGAACGGACAGAUGAGCGGUCAGAUGAACGGACAGAUGAACGGACAGAUGAACGGUCAGAUGAACGGACAGAUGAACGGUCAGAUGAACGGACAGAUGAACGGACUGUUGAACGGACAGAUGAACGGUCAGAUGAACGGACUGUUGAACGGACAGAUGAACGGACAGAUGAACGGACAGAUGAACGGACUGUUGAACGGACAGAUGAACGGACAGAUGAACGAACAGAUGAACGGUCAGAUGAACGGACAGAUGAACGGUCAGAUAGACGGACAGUUGAACGGACUGUUGAACGGACAGAUGAACGGACAGAUGAACGGACAGAUGAACGGACAGAUGGACAGACAGAUGGACGGACAGUUGCACGGACAGAUGAGGCGUGCGGGGGCUGACAGCUGGGAACCGGGAGGGAGAUCACGGCCCUCCUGUACGAAGGACACACUGAUAAACACGAGCACCUGCACACAAUGGGCACGCAAGCACACAAGUCCACGCGCACAAGCACACACGCACAAACAGGCACACACAGGGUGAGGAUGUUCUCAGGCGCGCUUCGGGGCGGUGGAGACGCGCCUCAGCGAUGUGGGAGCAGGAGACGUCACGGACACAGAGCCGGGGGUUUGUUGGAGAACUCUGGGGCUGGGGAUCGUCUGGAACAGGUUCUGUUCUCACCAGAGAGAGGGUCAAGCAUGUGGAGCUGCUCACAUAUUAACCAGCAUGCUGUUCAUGAUCAGGUUUAGAAAUAGAUUUCACUUUGUUUUAUUUGUGCCUGAACCUGCAGAUAUCCAUAGUUAGUUUAGUUUUAAAUAUUCAAGUGUAAUUAUUUUUUUAAUUAACUCUUAAUUAUUCAUGGAAGCUGGUCCACAUACAUAUUUAAAGGUUGGGUAUGGAAUUCGCUUUUUUGGCCAUUUUUGCAAAAUUACUUGAAAUCCUUAUCAUAACCCACUUACAGCCACUGAGUUAGAAGUACUGACAUGAAAAUUAAACAAGUCAAUCAUCUGUGGAACGGGCAGGGCUCGAAAAACUCCAGCCAAUGAUUUCCAUUGCCACCGAGUUGCAUUGGACAGUAAGUACGUCAAUCAAACGGUCGUACUGCACUCCCCCUCCCCCGCGCGCGACCCCUUUGUGCACGUACUCAAACCUCGUGACCCAGAGCAAGCUUCUGUUUGUUGUUAUCCUGCGGUAGCUACUGGAGCUAGCUAACUAGCAAAUGACUCGCUCUCGCGCAUCUGUGUUCGCUCGUGCAUGAUUGCGCGUCCAUGUACUUGGAAUGGGUGGAGUCAGAGUCAGCGUUGAAGGAGAGGGGGUAGGACCAUUUGAGUUGUGUAUUUUCAAAAUCUGCUGGCAUUUCGCAAAUCCCAUACCCAACCUUUAAGACACAAUAAUAUAUACCAUUAUAUUUCAUCUGAACAACCUUGAGCUACAUGCCUUAGCCUUAUUCCAUCCUUCUGGCUUUUUCAAUCCAAAUAAAUAUUGUUCUUUGAA